CUUCAAUUUUGAGCUCCCAAGCCAUGGCUAUGGCUAUGGCAGCUCUGUCAGGGGCUGUCGCCGUCGUGCUUUCCUUCCGCCACCGUAAAUCCGCCGCCUCAGUUUCUUCCGGUAAGCAAAAACCACCCAUUUUUUUGGUGAAGAAGAAGAAGAAGGGAAGAAAAAGAGUUCACUUUGCUGAUGAUUCAGCCGUUUGCAGUACUGAAGAGUUGCAGAGAAAAAACGGCUUAAUUUUGGGGCCUUCGCCGCCGGUGGGUAGAGCUCCGCCGCCGUCUUUGACGAGCCACGGUGGAGGAGGCAGCGGAAUGCCGGCGAAUAGGGUGGCGCUGUACAAUGGAAUCUUAAGGGAUCGUUUGGUUCACAGGAUGGCAUAUUCUCUUUAAUUAUAUAUUAAAUAACUUUUAUUUAAUUAUUUAUUUCUUUUUCUUUUCUUUUUCUUUUUGUAAAAAAUGCAUAAGCAGUGACAAUUGCCCCAUGAAGACUCACUUUCCCUACGGCUCCAGUGGGUUCCCUUAACCAAGUCACUGCCUAUGAGUCGCCAGCUCAUUCUUCAACAGUCCUGGUCUUCUCCCACGGCUUGGAAGCUUACAGUUUCAUAUUCUAUUUCACUCUCCGAUGGAAGUUCUUUUCACCCUUCCCUCACGGUUCUACUUCACUAUUGGUCACCCAAGAGUAUUUAGCCUUGCAAGGUGG